UUUCGUUCCUGAAGUGUAAUUUUGAUAUCUGUCCUUGCUUUGUGUAGAUACACGAGAAGGGGUAUAGGGGCGUUACGGAUGACAUGGAGUUGGAGAAGCAGCGAAGGGAUGGGUUGAUCCUCUGUUAAAGCAGUUGUUUGACUUGCAAAGCAGGCCUGGGUGCUCUCUGACUGGGCAUUGAGAGAAGCCCUUUCCCUGGAAGUGGAACACCAGGUACACGGACAGCUGCGGUGCUGCUUUGUGCUGGGUUGCGGGCCUUGUCACCCACAGGCAUGAAUUAAUGAUAAGGAAUGUUUCAAGCCAUGAGGAGGUGUCAGGAUCAGACAGGCAGACGGACAGACGGCAGGACGGAUACACGGGUGGGGGCUGUGCUAGGCGGCUCGGCGGCAGGCUGGUGGAAGAUGUCGUCAGGAGCCGGUGGGAGGGGUGGACGGCGGCUCAGAGGGACAGCAAGCAGCGCUGGUGGAGGAGGGAGAGGAGGUGCAGGAGAGGCAGAGGAAGGCCCCGUGGGGAUCCCUUUCCCCGAGCACAGCGCAGACAUCCUGGGCAGCCUGAACAAGCAGCGGCUUAGCGGCCUGCUGUGCGAUGUGCUCCUAGUUUCCCAGGAACUGGAGUUCCCGGCUCACCGCUCCGUCCUGGCGUCCUGCAGCUCCUACUUCCACAAGCUCUUCACUUCAGGAGCCGCCGCUGACCAACAGAACGUCUACAACAUCGACUUUGUGGUGGCGGAGGCUCUGGGGGCGCUGCUGGACUUUGCCUACACAGCGACAUUGACAGUCAGUCACAGCAGUGUUGCUGACAUCCUUGCUGCUGCACGCCUCCUGGAAAUCCCACCGGUCCAGGACGUCUGUACACACCUGCUGGACUCCAAAGUGCUCUCCCCGCCGGCGGGCAGUGAGCGAAGAGAUGAAGAUGAAGAGGAGGAGGGGAAGGGGAAGGGGAAGGGCAGAGGAAGCAGGGAGCAGGGGAACCGGGUUCAGGCCCAGGAGUUCCUGGAGUUUUACCUGAGAGGGGCCCACUGGAGCAGCAGCUGCAGCACGCCAGAGCUCAGGGACCUGCCCACACAUCUGCACUUUAACCACGGUAACGGAGGGACCCCCAGCAACGGGGCUCCUGCUGACCCCGGCAAGUACUACUCCCCCCUGGCCCUCGCCUUGGCCCAGGCCCCCACACAGGAGCAAGACGAAGAAGACGACGAGGAAGACGAGGAAGAUGAGGACGGGGAGGCGGUGCAGGGGAACGGAGCAGGCCUGGGGUCAGCUUACUACCCUCCAUCCCAAAACGGCCACGUUCACCUCCCCCCUGAGUCUAGGCUGGGGCAGGAGCCAGAGAUGGAGGAUGGGAGCAGGGACGCGUUGGCGAGGGACAGGGGGUCUGCAAGUGCCCUCCUGCAGCAGAUGAUGGACUCCAUCGAGAGGCAGAAGGAUCGCGCAACUACGGGGGAGGAACAGGGAGAUGGGGACGACCCAGACAUGGAAUUUUACUUGAAUUAUUUUAACAGCACGCAGCACGAGGAUCCAGUUUCUGCUGCUGUAUCACAGGGAGUGCCGCCGCUCUGGUUAUCACGGGGCAGAACAGGCCAAGACAGAGCAGGAGGAGGAGAGAGGGGGGUGGGAGAGAGAGACAGCGGGGGCGCAGGCGGAGGAGGAGGCGAGAGGAAGAUGCGCUCUAAGGCCUUCCAGAAAUGUCCCAUAUGCUCCAAGGUCAUUCAAGGAGCAGGCAAGCUACCCCGCCACAUCCGAACACACACGGGAGAGAAACCUUAUGAAUGCGCCAUCUGCAAAGUGCGCUUUACCAGGCAGGACAAGCUCAAGGUUCAUAUGAGGAAGCACACAGGAGAGAAGCCUUACCUGUGUACGCAAUGUGGAGCCGCCUUUGCUCACAACUACGACCUGAAGAACCACAUGCGCGUGCACACCGGCCUGCGCCCCUAUCAGUGCUCCAGCUGCUUUAAGACUUUCGUCCGCUCGGAUCACCUGCACCGCCACCUCAAGAAGGACGGCUGCAACGGCAUCCCCUCUCGUCGAGGUCGGAAGCCUCGGGUGAGAGACCCCGGGCUCCUCGACGCCCCCCUGAGCCUGCCCAGCCCCGGGUCCGACACGAGCCCCGGGCCGCACACCAUCAGGGGACGGCGGAGCUCGGAGGCAUCGUCAGCGGCAGAGAUGGAGGGGGCUGCCGAAGCCCACGCACACAGUCCUCAACUGCAGGAGGAGGCAGAGGAGGCCGGACCCUGAGACUGCAGGGGCCACAAGGACACUGCUGGACACCGUCACUCUGCACCGCCUGUGAGACAGGCCAGUGAACAGAGAGGAGUAAAAAAACAUGCAACGGCAAACUUUAAAAAAAAAAACAACAACUAACUAUUCCUCUAUAAACCAAAUCAGGGUGUCACAAAAAUUCUAAUCUUUAUAUUUCUUUCUCCUUUCACUUUAGGAAAUGGAAUAGACUUGCAAGCACUUGAGUCGGUUUAUCUGUUAAAGAGCAAAGAACGCUUCAAUUCAUGCACCCAUCACGUCCACUUUCUGGGCCAUUUCAUUCUUUCUAAUAUUAAGGUUUUUGUACAUUGGCAUAUGUGCUUAGGCAAAUGUAUGAUAGCUACAAAGAAACUCUGAGCAACUAUGCAGUUGAUUUCAAUUUGUAUUGGGUUUGUCCUCACAGCCUUCAAGCUCUAAGCAAGGUGUCUAUCAAGCUCCUUCUGGCUGCUGUACGGGUGAAGCGAGGACAAAUCCUCCCAGUGAAAACAACUCUUUUUCUAUUCUUUUGCAGGUGUGAAAUGUACAGUUACCAUAGAAACAACAUUGCCACAAAAUGGCAUAUGCAAGGAAAGCUCACCACAAUUUUGAUGCAACAGUUUUCUCUCUUUAAAUGUUCCAGAAAGAAUCAGACAAGGGGUUUGAUUGAAGUGUUACUUACUCUAUAAAAUGCGUUUUAAGAAUCUAUGUUUUGUUAUUUUGAAAAACAAAUUCAUAUUGAGUCAAAUCCACUUUAACGGGGGCUCUUCAAUUGCAGGACUAGGGGGGAAAUGAGGUGUGGAGGGUUUGUGUUUUUAAAGCACUACCAUAGUCUAUGUAUCUGUCGGGUUGACUACGUUGCCUCACAAACCUGCAAUUUCAGCAUUUCUGUUUUCCCUUUUGAUUUUGUCUUAAUUUAGUUUGGGUCGUUGUUCCUUUCUGUUGACUGCUUUGGGUACUUGACACUUUAUAAUUGUAUACAUGUAUAUACAGCAGGUGGUGAUAUGACAUUAGUCCCCUCUUAAUGCUGAGGUGUACUUAACAAUCGGGUUUUUCCUCUUAGGCUUGAUGUCAUAUUUCUCACGGAGUGAAGCUUGUGGGUGAACGAAAAAAAACCAACCUGUUUGAAUGUCUGAUGAGAAAAACCAUUGAACCACCCAUUUGUCCUAAACUUAAAACACUUGACUUGUAUAGUUCCUGCCCAAAGGACGAGGAGGUCGGAUGAAUGAAUGAAAUGCUUAACUGUGUGCAGUUUUUCGGAUUGUGUCCUUGUGUGACAAGGCGCGGGUAGCAUUUAACCAACCGCAGGUUAAAGGAAUGGCAGGGAGCCCGAGCGAGAGAAUGACAAAGAGUACGAAGAAGAGAUAGAUGAGCACCUUUUUUUCUAUGUUUGCACAGCUUUACUAAAGAUAUCCAACCGAGCGAGAGAGAGGUAUAUUUAAAGGAAGAGGGCUGGUGUGUGAGAGGAGGUAUAUGUAUCAUGCUUAUUCCAAUCCUAUGUGCCCUAGGGACCACACAACCGUGAGGCAACCUGUAUGAUGAAGAGAGCAAUAAAUACCUGUCCAAGUUGGGAGGCCAAAUAGGAGCACAGCUGCACGCUGGAUGAUGGGGGAGGGGAGCAAGGGAAGGGGAGGGGGAUCUCACAAUGUCUGUUGCAUUCCAAAAAAUAAUCUCCCCCAGCUCAGCCACGUUUCCAGGCGGGAGGGGAUCAAAUCAAGCCUUUUCUCUCCCUCUCUCUCUCCCUCUGUAGUCCUCUAAUGCCCCCGAACUAGCCUGGAGGGGAUAUUAUGAUAUUAGAGCCUGGUGUUACUGUGGGGCGGACGCCUGGUGCUGUGUUUAGUGUGGGAGUGUGUGUUUGUAUGUCUGUGUGUUUGUGUACAUGUGUGUGUGCGUGGCAGCCGGGGUCGCUGUGGCCACAUCAUCACUGUGUGAGUCAGCCACGGCCUGUUCAAACAUGCACCCUGAGCUGCCAGCCCCAAUGCACUUUCUCUGUCUCACACACAUGUUCACACACACACACACACACACACUCGGAUACUCAGCUCACUUGGUCCAGGUAUCCCGUGGAGAAGGGGAAAACACCAGAGCUGACAUAUCUGUUUGAAUAUUGUAAGUGACUCCAUACAUCUGGAUUUGUUAGUCUUAAAAUAUCUUAAGUUGUGUUUUUGUAUUCGGAAUCCAAUGUUAUUUUUGUCCUAACGCCCCCCCCCCCCCCCCCUCUCCCAAUCACCGCCCUGUCAUUUCUGCAGUAGAAAUCGGUCCCUUUGCACCUUAAUUGGAAAGACGCAGGUUAUGAAUGCACUUUGUUACUGAGGGGGGCACUAUUUCAACCAAACGGGUACUUUGAAACAAAGCAGUUGCAAAUGAGAUAAGUCCUUUCUUCUGUCUGCCGUGGUGAAGUUGAGCUCCUUCACUGGUUUGGAUCAGGUUUUGACGACAAGCUGCCAAACUAAAUUUAAAACAGAGAUCAGAGCUCUCAAAGAGUUGUUCUGAUUCACACAUGUUGGGUUUUGUGACCUUGAGAAAAGACUAAACUAAUCCACGUAACUGAUAGCACUUGAAGUUAGUUGUUGAAAUCUAGUAAGUUGUCUUUAUGUCUUAGGAAAGGAAGGGGCGAGAAGGAGAAGAAGAAAAAGCACUGUGUGUGUGUUGGCAUGCAUUUUAGUUGUGUGCAUGUGCUGCUGGCUGGCAGGCAGGAGGGUCUCGGGACAAGCUUGGAUAAACAAACGUUGCGUCUGCCCCAUCUGUUCAACAGCUCCUCUCAUAACUACACGUGUUCUCCGAGGAACCGCAGUGAUAAUAGGUGCACGGUGAUAAUAGGUGCACGGUUCCACAGAAGCAAAACGACCAUACUGUAAAAACAACUCAAUGGACAAUUGCUUGUUUACAUCACGGCUCUCUUGGUGCAGAUUUGCAAAACUCUUUGUUUACCCUUGUUGGUCCUCGUCAGUGGUUGGCCAGGCCUUGAGAGUCUUAGUUUCUAUUUUUGGUUCUCCGUUAUGAUUGAGAAGGGGUUCAUUAACGCACAGUUUGACUCCUAUAGGCAGACAAUGCAAGCUAUGUGAUAUUUAUGUAAUACUUGGUAUGGACCGCUUAAACCAACUUUGUCUUGAUGUGGCAGAGAGUGAAAUCUUAAACAUUGGUUUCUUUGUACUUAAAAAGUCUUAUGUGUUUUGUUAAUUAACCAAAGCCCUCAAUCUUAGUCCACUGUAGACUAGGGGCUGCUCGAUUAUGGCAAAAAUCAUAAACUUGAUUAUUUGGGUCAAUAAUUGAUAUCACGAUUAUUAAAAAACGAUUAUCCAUUUACUUUGAAAACAUCCAUUUAUUUAAAAGAAAAUGUAACAGUAUGUUUUUAACAGUUGAUUACCCUGAACUUUAAGUAUAAUUCAACUGAAAAACCAAUAAAAAAAAUUAUAAUUCGAUUAUGUUGUUUUCAUAAUCGUUGCAAGCCAAAAUCGUAAUUGCGAUUUAAAUAGGAUGAAUUGAGCAGCCCUACUGUAGACUAGAGAUAAGUCUAAUGUAUCCAGCCUCCCUGACUAAGUCACACACAGAAGCCCUCCUCUUGAAUACAUAUGCAGAAGUGUGUGUGAAAUCAUACAGAUAUUGACUUGUUAGCUUUCUCUCGCUCUUUGUGUCCUUGUGGACAGUAGAAUCAGAGGUUUAAAUAUGUAUAGUUUAUUUCUGUCUGUCUACACUUAAAAUAACGUGUUGUGCUACUUUUUUUUUCUAUCAAUUUUACAUGGCUGCGUGUGUGUGUGUGUGUGUAUGCGUGUGCGUGUUGGAGUCAUGGUUUUGGGUUGCUGUGCCAGAAGGGUUAGGGAAAUGGGUGCUUGGGUGGGGUUAUGGAUAUAAAGCCUGAUAGCACUGGAAAUGGUGCUUUAGCUGAGAGAGCAAACGUUUGCACUAAUGUUUAAUGUCCUUAUCCUGCGUAUGGGAGAAGGGCAGGAGACCUCAGAAAGCCUGCGAGUUUCCAUGAGCACAGAGCAGUGUGGUUAAUACUCAAUGGUCUCAUGGAGUCCAUGCAACCCCUCCAUAGAAAUAAUCAUGUACAGUAUAUUAAGAGAUAUACAGACGUCCAACAAAUACCAAAGGAGAAGAAAUGGCUUGCGUUGAAGUCAUUGGACAUUUUAAGCUACUAUCUAAUGUUGGAUUUAUAGAGUUUUAUUGUUAGAUCUGAAGGCUCUUGAAAAGAGAACUUCUGAUGGACACUAUGGUGUGAUAACAGCAACAAAUGUUUGCUGUUUAUGUUAAGAAAUAUUCCAAAUAUACAACAUUUAGGCACUUGGAACGUAGCGAAGCCUCUCCGAAAUCCAUUUAAAAUAUGUUAUUUUGUCCUGGUCUGAAGGCUGAGACGUACUGUUUGCCGGUGCCAGAGAUAUGGAAUCAAGUUCAUUUAAGAGAUGGGAUUUUAUCAAGUUCAUGUUCAGUCAAAUGAUGAGAAAUGAUAUGAAAUGAUAAUGAAAUAUAUUGUUAUUGUUAAACACUGUUAUUUUGAUCCUUGCUGAAAUGUUCAGUUUACUUCUGGAAAAAGGUUGAAUUGAAUUCAAAUGUUCUAACGUUGAAGCAGACUGGGACUCCGUGGCCUUGUCUGAGCAGCACUAAGCUUUUUCUUUUUUUUCAUUUCAUGUUUCCAGACAGUUGUAUUGUGCAGUUUGGGGCUGAGGCUAACUCCCACCAGGUGGACGCUGCAAACGUCAAGGGCCACAGUGUGCCUUACGUGGGCAGGAACCGAUAAAACUCACAACUUAAUUUCAUUUCUUUGUUUCCAUAAACAAAAAACUUUUCUUCCGACAUAUUAAAACCAAAAUGCUGAUUGGCUUGGAACUCAAAUUGAUCAUGUAUCUGUUUAAGCUUUACUUGAAUAAAUGAAUAUGAACAUCCACCUCUUCAGAGCUCAGUCUCUGUCAGCCUCUAUGGAUCCUCCUGGUGGGCCCCCAGCCUCGGCCCCUCACUAAGGUUACUCUGACCCAGGCUCCACUGACACACUCUCUGAACUUUAAUGCAAGUGUUUUUCCAAAUUGACCUUGUUAUGUUUGUCCUAUGCUGUUAUCAAAGAGUUUGGGGGAAUCUAUCUGAGAAGGCCAUAAAACAAAGACGACCAACAACUAUGAUAACUGUAAAUAAUCAAGCCAAGCAGGGCGGGGUGACUGUUAACAUUCAAGAUUCGUGGCGGCAGACGAGGGACUAUUUGCUUUGCUUCGUCAUUUUCCUGCACACCUGAUUUCUCUGUGUGUUUUCCAUCAGGCUCUCGAUGCACAGCGAGCUGAGCGCAGCAUAUGCAGUGCGGCACUAUGCGCAGCGAGGCUCUGGCACUUACACAGACAGCCCUGGGUCCUUCAGAGAGGCAGGCUGCUGUCUGUUGGCUGCUCUCGGCCGGGUGGGGACAGUUUGCACUUGGAGUCUCUCUCGGUCUCUGGGGGAUACAAAGGUUGGCAUACAGGGAGGAGGAUUAAAUACGGGUGGUAGGGCAAAGCUGGAUGUUGUUUUUCAGGGAUGAGGUUAGAAAGCCCAGGUGACGGACUAUUUGCUGAGCAAUCGUCCUCUUAGCUGGUAGGAAUGCAUGGCCACAAUAUGAUAAGAAUUGUAACCCAAAGGAGGUCACCACAGAUUCACAGAAUGCUGCUGAUCUCUUUUGUCUCUAUGUAAGUACUACUCAGGUGGAAAAUACACUGCUAUGCAUUGGGUUUCAAUGUUUGCUAAGUUCAUGGUAUGUCUAAUCAACCCUCCAAGUUACUUCUCUGUUUGCCUUUCAUGUUCACCAAUAUUUACCAUAAUAGUUCCCAGAAAGAUGAGAGCAGGAACAGCUCCCCCAUUGUAAAGUGGCUGUGACCAGCCUAUUUCUCCAUCUAAUAUUGAUCCAGUGGAUUGUUUGUUGGAGGGAAGGAAGGCACUGGAGAUUCACUCUUAUAAGUCAGUAACAUUUCUGAAAAGAGAUGGGGUUGGGAAAGCACGGGGGAGAGUAUGUUCUGCUUCUCUCUUCUCCCCUCGCUCCCCCCUCUCUCCGGACUCAGAGUCUACAUCUUUGCUGCCGACCGGCCUUUGAUCAGAGAUCACACGUCCUCAGCAGGGGAGUCUACGGGAGAGAACGGAGGGAGAGGGGAUAGGGUGAGCUAUAGUUUCAGUUUUCAGUCACCUAAACUAAUUUAGGAUACAUUCCAUAGCUUCAUACUGUGAUUCCAGCUUUGGAGUUUUUGGCAGGUGUGAAGGAUGUGUGUUGCAGACGGCAAGAAAACACAGUCAACAUUUUUAAGUUGGCUGUUUCAGUCUGCCUGUCGAGCGUCACUCUCCCUCCAACAUGUAGACAGACAGUCAAGAGGCCCCCCAGUGUACCGCUAUCCAACUGCCUUUUUAAGCUUCUGCGAUUGUAACAAAAAGCACUUUUGCGAAAGGCCAUCCUGAAAUGUGUGUGCUUUUAUUUGAUGGUUAUCACUAUUGUUAUUUUUGUUGUACCUGUUGAUGUCUUUUUUUUUGUUUUUCUCAGUGGCAAUGAUUAUUUAAAUGCAAAAAAGAAAAACAAUUUGAUGAAAAUGAGGAAAAAAAAAGUAGAAUAUUUGGUAUUGGAGGUGGUUUUCAAGCUGCCACCUCAUCUGGACAUAAACAACACUUCUCUGUUAAAGUACCAACACACCUGUUUAUAUGCAGCUUAUUGCAUACAUAGUCACACCAAGGUUGGGGGGGGGGGGGUACUGGACAGACCUCCCCUCACCUGCUCUCUGCUUACCGUCUCAGAUCUUGUUGGGAGAAAGGUCAUUUGAUCUCAUUUUGGGAGACUCCUUUUCUUGAAAAGAAACCUGUAUAACAGUUGCAAAGCUUUCUGAGAAGGCUAGCUGUGCUGAAUGUUAAACAUGCAGUGUGUAUCCACUGCAGAACCUUUUGAUCUGCAAUAAUGCCCUGUCUGUAGUUAAAGGCUGGAUCUGGUAUCCAUAUAGCGCUUAAAUGAUUAUGAAAGACGGAUGAAACGGCCAAAAGACCAUCAUGCACUUUUGCAAAUCAGUACGAAAAUGUUUUUGGCCUUUGUCAAAUCAAGAUGAUCUCAGUAAGAAGAAUAUUAUUGAUCAUGAUAAACAUUUAAUAAAUCCAUUCGGUAAAUUGUAUGACUUGGGAGAGAUACUAUUUAUAAUAAGGUUGAUGUGUAACUGUGAUUAUCAUGAUAAUCCUUUACAGAGGGAUAUUCUUUCUGAUGUACAUUUGAAAAUGGCAGAAUGUGUCCCAUCCUCUAAAAGCAGGACAUGAAUCACAAACGCACACAAUCCCACCCGGAAGGAAGCGGCCGCUCCACUUCUCUCUGUGUGCUUAAACUUUAUGUUGCACAUGUGACCACACCCCGCUCUGUGUAUCACAACAAGUGCGUCCCAGAGGCAGAGCACCUGCUUGUGGCAUCACUAAUCGAAUGGAGCGCGGCCAGAGAGUGCAGAGGCCGCUUUCUUCCCCAUGUGAUUCAGUGGUGUUUACUUUUUAAAUAACCCCCUUUCUCUUCACAAAGGUCUUUUUUUUUUUUCUUAGCGUAGCAGUCUGUCAGUCCAUAUCUGUUGGAAGCUGCAGGGGAGGGGGGGCGGGGGGGAUAUUGGUGAUUUCUUUUUGGGAGAAUUUGCACUUUUUGGCAAUGAAAAUAUAUUGUAUUGUAUAUGAGACCACUAAAUCCACACAGUCUAAAAACCAUAUAAUUCCAUUUUGUGUCAUUUUUUUUGUUUUGUUCUUCUGUUCUUUUUUUUUAAUAUAUCCAAAAAUGUCUGGCAUCUGGUUGUCUGGUUUAAAGAAUAUAAAUCUUUCUAUUAAAAACAAUGGUUGCAAACAUUU